ACAGUAACCGGCAGCGGGAACAUGGCAGAGGCAGAGCGAGCUGAGGAGGCCGGAGGAGAACCAACAAUUAGCAGGGAGAAGACUGCUGAAGAGCUAAAGGAACAAGCGAAUGAAUACUUCAGGGUAAAAGAUUAUGACCGUGCUGUGCAGUAUUACACCCAAGCCAUUGGUCUUAGUCCAGACACUGCUAUUUACUAUGGGAAUCGCAGUCUGGCAUAUCUCCGAACUGAAUGUUAUGGCUAUGCCCUUGCGGAUGCUUCCCGUGCCAUCCAGCUGGAUGCCAAAUACAUCAAAGGUUACUACAGAAGGGCAGCCAGUAAUAUGGCCCUGGGGAAGCUGAAAGCUGCUCUAAAGGACUAUGAGACGGUAGUUAAAGUUCGCCCUCAUGACAAAGAUGCCCAAAUGAAGUUUCAAGAGUGCAGUAAGCUGGUCCGGCAGAAAGCUUUUGAAAGAGCUAUCGCUUGUGAACAGCACAACCGUUCAGUGGUGGACUCACUUGAUAUUGAAGGAAUGACUAUAGAAGAUGAGUAUACAGGUCCACAGUUAAAGGAUGGGAAUGUCACCAUAGAUUUUAUGUUGGAGUUGAUGCAGUUUUAUAAAGAUCAGAAAAAACUUCAUCGGAAAUGUGUUUAUCAGAUGUUGGUACAAGUGAAAGAUAUUUUGUCUAAGCUUCCCAGUCUGGUAGAGAUCUCUCUGGAAAAGUCUCAGCAGGUAACAGUGUGUGGUGACACACAUGGUCAGUUUUACGACUUAAUGAACAUUUUUCAUCUAAACGGUCUCCCGUCUGAGAAUAAUCCAUAUAUAUUUAAUGGUGACUUUGUUGAUCGUGGUUCAUUCUCAGUGGAAGUCAUAGUGACCCUCUUUGGGUUCAAAUUGCUUUAUCCAGCCCACUUUCAUCUGCUUAGAGGUAACCAUGAAACAGACACUAUGAAUCAGAUGUAUGGAUUUGAAGGGGAAGUAAAGGCUAAAUACUCAGCUCAAAUGUUCCAGCUAUUUAGUGAAGUUUUUCAGUGGCUGCCGUUGGCAAUGUGUGUAAACCAACGAGUCCUGAUUAUGCAUGGAGGUCUCUUCUCAGAGGAUGGUGUAACUUUGGAUCAGAUUCGUAGCAUUGAAAGAAAUAGACAGCCACCAGACUCAGGCCCAAUGUGUGACUUGUUAUGGUCGGAUCCACAGCCUCAGGAUGGACGCUCUUCUAGUAAACGUGGUGUCAGCUGUCAGUUUGGUCCUGAUGUCACACGACGGUUUUUGGAAGAAAAUGGACUAGAUUACAUUAUCCGCAGCCAUGAAGUGAAGCCAGAAGGAUAUGAAGUGUCUCACAAUGGUUUAUGUGUUACAGUAUUCUCUGCACCUAACUACUGUGAUCAGAUGGGUAAUAAAGGAGCAUACAUACAUCUCAAUGGAUCAGAUUUGAAACCUAAGUUUCAUCAGUUUGAGGCAGUGCCACACCCGAAUGUAAAACCAAUGAUGUAUGCAAAUUCUCUGCUUCAGAUGGGAAUGAUGUAAGAAGAAGGUGUCUGCUGCUACCACACUUACUGUUGCCCAUCUGAUGAGGUAGUAAAGGGGUCCCACUGUAUUUGCCCCUGCUUUCCUCCGGAGUCAGACAAGCAACAAAUAAAGGAAAAUAAUAUUUUUAAUACUGUAAAAGAGACAUGAGAGGGGGAAUAGGAACAUCUGCGCUGUAUGUUACCUGGUUGUGAGUGAACCUUGCUGUGUGUUGCUGAGUGAGUGUGAAUAUAACAGUGUAAGUGUGGGGGGGUUUAUCAGCUAGAAACGCACAAUAACCACACCGCCCCCAUUCCUAUAUGCCUUGUGCGUACACUCUCCCUCCUGUAUAAGUCCAAUGUAAACAUGGCCCCUUUGCUCUGUCUGUAAUUAAUAUGCUUCUAAUAAAGAUUCUGAUAACACGA